UGUGCUGCGCGGGAGCAGAGUGUGCACCUCCAAUGAUUAUUGGAUAUUUACCAUGGGGUUCAAUGGCACACUGAGUGCAGCUCAGAUUGACAUUCUCUCCACUGUGUAUUUAGUGUCCCUUACACCCAGCUUGAUUGGGAGUUUCUCUGUCCUGGUAGUUUCCACCGUAAAAUGGAGGUAUCUGCAAGAACAGGUACAGCCGCUGGUGCAGCUUGCCCUCGCAGACCUCCUGGCCACUGUAAUCCUCAUGUUCAGCAGUGCCAUGAACAAAGCUGGCAACCUCAGCAACAGUGUGCCCAUCUGCCAACACACCCUGCCCCUGUCACUGACAUUUUAUUUUAUUUCAUUUCUGCUGGGGGCGGUUUAUGCGUGGAAAUCCAAGAAUGCAAUUCAUGGAUGGAGAGCAAGACUGGGGGAGGAUGAGGGGGAGCAGACUCAGUGUAGAAGAUCAAUGGUAGCUGUACCUGUAUAUGCCAUUGUGUGGUUCAUGCCUAUUGCAAUGUAUUUCGUAUAUAUUUACACUCCUUAUAUGACAACUGCUUCUCUGAUUCCAACUGAUCUAAAUGGGAUGUCCUAUGACAGAAUCAAAUAUUGCACCAGCUGCUUACUAUUUUUGCAUAUCUGGAGCGAUUCCUGCUCGGAUGCUGAAAAAUACCAUGACACCUUCAUCCGAGGUUUUCUCAUCAUCAUUGUGAUACUAGUAAUGCUGUCUUGCUCGGUAAUUUACUAUAAGAUUGGCAGGUGGUAUCAAAGAUAUGAACAGGAGGGACUGUUCCCUGUGGAGGGAGAUGGACGUUCAAGAAGGAGAUUCAAAAGAAUGUUAUCCACAGCACGUAAUAUGGUGAUAGUCAUCUUUAUCAGUUGGGCACCAGCUCUUGUUCUAGUUGUCCUGUCUACUCUAACUACCUGGACAAGCAUCCAGCAGCGCAGUCUGUUUGGCUUGUAUUUCCUACAGGCAGUCACUGUGUCGCUGCAAGGCUUCCUGAACAGCAUGGUUUACGCCUGGAGACGGCCCAACUUUACGGCGGCUGUUCUCGGGGAGAACACACCCCUGAUGGCACAUGGCCACCAGGCCUUCUUUGAUGAAUCUCUGAUCAGCACCGCUUGAUUUUUUUGACCCAUGACCCUAAACACGCUGGGAGGCAUUUUUGUGCUGUGGCGCCAAGACACUGGCCUAAAGAGGACCAUCUCCUCUCUACACACUUUCCAACUCUGGGAAUAUCAUGUUAUCCUGCAAUCUAAAUAUGGACAAAUACAUUCUCAGUGGAGGAAUGGAGAUGAUAAAGAAUGGAGCGAUGGAUGAAGGACUGACUGUUCACCAAAGCAAUGUCUGAUGUGCUGCUUGAUAUUGCAACUGCUGAUUUUUUUUAAUUUUUUUUUUUAUCUCAGUGAACAAAUGAACUAAUUUACGCCCAGAUUAUUUGAUGCCUUAAUGUGUGCAAAAACCUUUAUGGUGUGCACAACCAGUAACAUAACCUAUGAUUGGUUUGCAUGUUUUGUAUGUUUGUUUUGUCUUCAUACUGACUUUGAACAAUGUAACCAUUUUGCUACCCACUAAUGGUUUCAGUAAAUCUGAUCCUAAGUGUGUGGAACCAUACUUUUUACUAUGAGGACCCAAAAAAAAGCACUUCUGGCUGAAUUGUAGUUCACUUUUUAUUUAUAUGUGCACUAUUACUGUACU